UUCUUUACAAUAAUAGCUUUUACAUAUGGCUUCUCAACCUCCCUUUAAGACAAAUUUCUGCUCGAUUUUCGGAAGCUCCUUUCCAAAACAAAGUAGUGAUAGCAACACAUACACAUCAACUAUCCAAACCGGAGGCUUAAAGCUUCCGGUGAUCGAUCUCAGCCAUCUAACUAGUGGCGAGGAGAUCAAAAGCAAAAGAUGUGUGAAACAAAUGGUUGCAGCUGCGAAUGAGUGGGGAUUUUUUCAAAUUGUGAACCAUGGAAUUCCCAAAGACGUCUUUGUGAUGAUGUUUCUCGAAGAGAAGAAACUCUUUGACCUACCCUUUUCUGCGAAAGUCCGAGAACGAUUCUCGGACUUAUCGAAGAUUAGUUACCGGUGGGGAAACCCUAACGCCACUUCUCCCGCUCAGUACUCCCUUUCGGAAGCGUUUCACAUCACUCUUUCAGAGAUUUCAAAGUUUUCUGAUGAUCGAAACAACUUGAGAACAACCGUUGAAACGUAUGUGCAAGAGAUAGCUCGAGUGGCACAAAUGAUAUGUCAAGUACUGGGGAAACAAGUGAACGUGAACUCGGAGUAUUUCGAAAACAUUUGUGAGCUUAAAAACAGUUUUCUAAGGCUCAAUAAGUACCAUCCUCGUGUUUUUGGUUCUGAAGUGUUUGGUUUGGUUCCUCAUACCGAUACAAGUUUUCUCACUAUACUCUCUCAAGAUCAAAUCGGAGGAUUAGAACUGAAAAAGAAUGGAGAAUGGAUCAGCGUAAAACCUUCCUCGGAAGCCCUUACAGUCAAUAUUGGGGAUAUGUUUCAGGCAUUGAGUAAUGGAGUGUACCAGAGCGUAAGACAUAGAGUGAUUUCUCCGGCAAAUAUCGAGAGAAUGUCGAUAGCUUUCUUCGUAUGUCCUUAUCUCGAAACUGAGAUCGAAUGCUUCGGGUAUCCAAAGAAGUAUAGAAGAUUUAGUUUCAGAGAGUACAAAGAGCAGAGUGAGCGUGAUGUUAAAGAAACUGGUGAUAAGCUUGAUCUGUAUUGUAUGCCUACUCUCAAGAUAUCAUUUCUCUUGUCAGGAACUCUCUCAUACAAGAGAGAAAAUCCAAAGCUGAACAAAACCGAAGCACUGGUGAAAGACAUAUGCCGUGACAUUAAAAGGUUAGAUUUUGCAAAAAAAGAACAUAACAACGGCUGUCACUGCCCUUCACCGCCUUACAAUGAUCGGUAAGUAAUCAUAUGUAACAUGAUGUUGCUGGUUUAGUAUUUCAGAUUACUCUUCCCAUUUUUUGAUGAUAUUCAUAAGAUUUGACUCUACAAUAUAUAUUUCAGGCUGUAAACGAAUUAUGUAAUCAUUUUAAAGCAUACAUAGAUGUUCUAAAAUCACAGAGCUCAGAGAAAAACUUAAGAAUAUAGAGCAAGUUUUAAA